AUGAUCCGCUUCGACAACCUCCCCCCGGACGUGAUGCAGUCCAUGUCGCGUAUUACGCGGCUGUGUUUCCUUGUAGGUGGUAUCACGACGAACGCGCCCGGCGCGCUUUACCUCGGCUCGCUCUCCGCUAUCACCGACCUCGAUAACCUCCGAGCGCACCGGAUCGGCCUGCUCGUCCAGGUCCUCGACGUGCCGUGGCUGCCAGAAGAGCCGUCCAAGGUCCUGCACAUCCAGACGCACCGCCUGCCGAUCCUCGACAUCCCCUCGGCCGACCUCAAACCCCACCUCGAGACGACGUGCGCGAUCAUCGAGCGCGCGCUCGCGGAGGGCCGGAACGUGCUCGUGCAUUGUCAGCAGGGCGUAUCGCGCUCGUCGGCCAUCGUCAUCGCGUAUCUCAUCUGCAAACACGGGAUGACGUAUGAGCAAGCGUUCGAGUUCUGCAAAGCGCGCCGGGCGUGCGUCAAGCCGAACAGCGGGUUCGUCGCGUGCUUGAAGGAGUGGGAGAAGCAGUGGCGGCCGCGUCCGCCGGCCAACAUACGUCGGCAGACGACGCACUAG